AUGACAGGACUUGUCUUCCAGAUCGCGUCAGGCUACGCCCACUCCCUGGCUCUAACAGACGAGGGCCUGCUGUAUGCCUGGGGGGCUAACACCUACGGACAGCUGGGUACUGGCAACAAGAGCAACCAGCUCAGUCCUGUACAAAUCAUGGCUGAGAAGGAGAGGGGAGAGGGAGAGAGGCCCGCUGUAGGCAGCAAAAGGACAASGGAAAACACUGAAGAGGCGUGGCACAGAGAGACAGACAGGAUAGUGGAGAUUGCGGCGUGCCACUCCACACACACAUCUGCCUGUAAGACCCAGAGCGGCCAGGUGUACAUGUGGGGCCAGUGUAGGGGUCAAUCCAUCGUGCUGCCACACCUCACACARUUCUCCUGCACUGARGACGUCUUCGCCUGCUUCGCUACGCCGUCUGUCAUGUGGAGGCUACUCUCCAUGGAGCAUGAUGACUUCCUGACUGUGGCCCAGUCUCUGAGGAAAGAGUUCGACAGCCCUGAGACGGCCGACCUCAAGUUCAGCGUGGACGGGAAAUACAUCCACGUACACAAGGCUGUGCUCAAGAUCCGGUGUGAACACUUCCGCUCCAUGUUCCAGUCCCACUGGACAGAGGACAUGAAGGAGGUGAUUGAGAUCGACCAGUUCUCCUACCCRGUCUACCGCUCCUUCUUGGAGUUCCUCUACACUGACAACGUAGACCUGCCCCCAGAGGACGCCAUCGGGCUGUUGGACCUGGCCACAUCCUACUGUGAGAACCGUCUGAAACGUCUGUGUCAACACAUCAUUAAGAGAGGCAUCACCGUGGAGAACGCCUUCUCUCUGCUCUCUGCCGCCGUGCGAUACGACGCUGAGGACCUGGAGGAGUUCUGCUUCAAGUUCUGUGUGAACCACCUGACAGAGGUGACCCAGACUGCAGCAUUCUGGCAGAUCGAUGGCAACAUGCUCAAAGAGUUCAUCUGCAGAGCCAGCCGRUGUGGGGCCUUCAAAAACUGACUGACCACUAACCAGCCCCGAAGGAAGGACGAGGAAAGGGCUAGCAUGAACUGGUUUGGCUUGACACUACUUGGCCAUGGUAGAAAGGACAAAGAAGGAAAUGGUAUGAACWUGGAAACGGCUAGCUUGAACCGGAUCUCUAAAUUGCCAUAUUAUUCAUCCAUUGAGACAAUGUCUGGAGUGGUCAUCUGGRGWGGUCAUCWGGUGACUAUGGCUCACCUCCAGUUACACAGCCAAAGAAGCCAAAGCCAGUCCCUGCCUAUGCACCUAAUAUUCCACGCGGACAGGUGGCACUGUGGGGAGGAAGUUCCUUUACCAGUCAAAACAGUGACAUCAGAGUUCGUUGUCUGUCACUGCAUGUUUACAAACCUGCUAAAUGGCAUCAGACUACUCAGUUAGCGUCAGUUUAAUUGGAGGACCAUAGAUCUAGCUUAAGAUGGACACUGUUACAUGCCUGACAAUGUCUGGUGGCAGGGGAUGGCAGUCAACCCCCCCCCCCGAUUGCAGAUUAUUAUUAUAUAUUUUUUUGCAUCAAAGUUGUGUACUUUGCUCUACUGUUGAAGGGUUGGAUGUAGCUGGCCAGAAAUAUAUUUUACAGGGUUUAUGGUUCAGAGCCUGUGGAUGUUUUGAGGAAAUGACAGUUUCAAUAUGAUUUGUAAUAUGCUGUGUACUGACAAAGUAGAGCAGAGCUUGUCAUUUAUUCAUUCAGGCACGUUAAUUCUCGAGACUUGAGAUGAKCAUGGUGAUGCAAUGCAACAAUGAGCAGGAACUUGGUUUUCAACUCUUCAGUUCUUUUACCAGACAGAAAACAAAACAUUUGGACCAUAUACAACUUGUUACUCUGUGUGAAKURUUUUAUUCUUACAAAAAUAGAUAUCUACAUUUUUUACUAUUAUUGCAUUCCUUUGGUUGAGAUUACCUACCCCUCCACCCCAGCAUUUCCAAUCAUUCUGCUGCUUUGAAUAUUGUUUUAAUGGUUUAACGUUCAUUACUACAUUCUAAUUUACUUUGAAGCGAGUGUUUGUACUGAAAUUUAAAUUCAACGCAUUGUACUCUUAUUAUUCUUUUUUCAAAAAUAAUUUGUUGCUUAUGUUUUAUUUUUGCGAUUACAUUUAUUUUUGAAAUAUUUACAAUUAUUUAGGAUGGAAACAGUUGAUAUUGGUGCCACAAUUCUCAACAUGUUUAUCGACUUGCAAGUCAUGAGAUGCAACCACUUUGAAAUAAACAAAACUACAUUAUUGUAUA